CGUUUGGCGGCAGCCAGCAGGUGAGCCGAGAUGGGCGCUUACAAGUACAUCCAGGAGCUGCGGAGGAAGCAGUCGGACGUGAUGCGCUUUCUGCUCAGGGUGCGCUGCUGGCAGUACCGCCAGCUCUCGGCGCUGCACCGGGCCCCGCGCCCCACCCGGCCCGACAAGGCGCGCAGGCUGGGCUACAAGGCCAAGCAAGGUUAUGUGAUAUACCGGGUUCGCGUGCACCGCGGUGGCCGCAAACGCCCGGUCCCGAAGGGCGCCACCUACGGCAAGCCCGUCCACCAUGGUGUCAACCAGCUCAAGUUUGCCCGGAGCCUGCAGUCUUUUGCCGAGGAGCGAGCGGGACGCCACUGUGGGGCCCUGAGGGUCCUGAAUUCUUACUGGGUGGGUGAAGAUUCUACAUACAAGUUUUUUGAGGUUAUCCUCAUCGAUCCCUUCCGUAAAGCUAUCAGAAGAAACCCUGACACCCGGUGGAUCACCAAACCAGUCCACAAGCACAGGGAGAUGCGGGGCCUGACGUCUGCAGGCAGGAAGAGCCGCGGCCUCGGCAAGGGCCACAAGUUCCACCACACGAUCGGUGGUUCUCGCCGCGCAGCCUGGAGAAGGCGCAAUACUCUCCAGCUCCACCGCUACCGCUAAUAUAAGUAAUGUUUGUAAAAAUUCUUACCUAAUAAACAAUUUAGGACAGCCACGUCUGCUUAAAAGUGUUUUUAAAUCUGUCUGUUAAAACUAGUUGUCUGCAGAUUGCUUCAUUGAAUGCAUUGUCAAAUUCUGAAAGUUAAAGUGCAAUAAUGUUUGAAGAUUUUAAGUGAUGGUGUAUCUUGUUUCUAAUAAGGGAAAUGUCUUUGUUUUUGCUUUAUUAGGCAGUUGAUAUGUCCGUGUUUAAAAUGCUGUCUGGUAACAAUAGGUGUAAAAUUCUGUAAAAGAGGAGCGCAGAAACUAGCCAUGUAGAUUCGUUGGUGCAUGUGAUGAAACCUACAGCUUUAUUGGGGUGAUACAAUGCUCUGCUGGUUUACUCUAGAGUGGCUGUUUUAUGGAGUUUGACAAGGACAAACUUUAAAUUGGGUUUUCCUUGGAAAUGUGAAGGAUGUCGUGAUCCUUUAUCAUGAUCAUAAUGCCGAAAAAUAAAGUUGACUAGGGCCCACGUUUUUAGACUUAAUCUGCUAUUCCAUAUAUGUAACUGCUGCUGCCAAAAGGCGGAAAGUAAAGGAAUGCCACCAUUUUUUAAGAGAAUUGAAUAAACCUGUUGCAAGAUG